CCAAAUUUGGAUUGCAUUAGUAACCUAAAAUCUCACAAACCUUAACCCUAUUUCGGCUCCACCAUUGCAACUUGACACCCGCGAUGCCUUCUCUGCCGACAAACUCUGUACACUAUCAGCCAUCGUCAAACAACAUCUCUUCUGUCUCUCUCCUUUCUCUCUUGAGUCUCCGGCAUCCAUUUGUUAUGAGCACCCUCCGUACGCUGUCGAUUGACUCGGUUUCGAGCAAGAAACUGCCAUAUCAAUGGUAGGAACAAAGCUGAAAGAAGUUGGUAAGUCUGCACUAACAAAAUAUUUCUACCGAAUAACUCAACUAAGUCCAAUUCCUCCCCAGUUUGGAAAGAUUUCACAACCGCAUAGGGUAGAAGUAUGUCACACUCAUCCUUUUUUACUUACAAAAAGUGUCAAGUUUGGUCUGAUGCAAAAAGAAUGGUCGGGACCUUACUUCCAAUUAAUAUUGAGAUUAAGACGGGUACUUGUUCGUGAGAUUGAAUGGGUGAAGUAUUUGUCUCCAUCAGAAGGGACAAAAGUUGUAGGACAUGACGUGACAGUUCAUUUUGCUUUUCUGACCAAUUCUCCUUAUCUUUCCGGAAAGGAGGACGAAAACAUUAGCCAUAAAAUGUUGUUGUCGCAACCAUUACUGCCAUUUAGGGUUUCUUGCAAUUGGGGGGUAUCCUUUCUGAGAAGGGACAAUUCAAAUUAG